UCAUUUCUGUGGUGACGAGAACCAGCAGGAAUAUAAAGCUGCCUUCAGGUCUUUCUGGACUGCUCGCUGGUUGGAAUUGAGUUACCUCGCAGAGUACCUGGCACUGUGGAGAAAAUGAGUGACCUGCUGGACGACGGUUCUUUCAUGUUCACCUCAGAGUCCGUAGGAGAGGGACAUCCAGACAAGAUUUGUGACCAAAUCAGUGAUGCUGUCCUGGACGCACAUCUGAAGCAGGACCCUGAUGCCAAAGUAGCCUGCGAGACGGUGUGUAAGACUGGCAUGGUGUUGCUCUGCGGAGAGAUCACAUCUCGGGCCAACGUGGACUACCAGAAGGUGGUGAGGGACACCAUCAAGCACAUCGGCUACGACAACUCUGACAAAGGUUUUGACUACAAGACUUGUAAUGUGCUGGUGGCUCUGGAGCAGCAGAGUCCAGACAUUGCUCAGGGGGUCCAUGUCGACAGACAGGAGGAGGACAUUGGAGCAGGAGACCAGGGUCUGAUGUUCGGCUACGCCACGGAUGAAACAGAGGAGUGCAUGCCCCUCACCAUCGUCUUAGCUCACAAACUCAACGCAAAGAUGGCUGAGCUCAGACGCAACGGCGUCAUCCCCUGGCUGCGUCCUGACUCCAAAACACAGGUGACAGUACAUUAUGACCAGAAGGACGGAGCUGUGAUCCCCAAGAGAGUCCACACCAUUGUGAUCUCUGUCCAGCACGACGACUGCAUCACCCUGGAAGAACAGAAGAAGGUCCUCAAGGAGAAGGUGAUCAAAACUGUGGUUCCUGCUAAAUAUUUGGAUGACAAAACCAUCUACCACCUCCAGCCAAGCGGUCGCUUCGUCAUUGGAGGGCCACAGGGUGAUGCUGGUGUGACAGGCAGGAAGAUUAUUGUAGACACAUAUGGAGGUUGGGGAGCCCACGGUGGUGGAGCUUUCUCUGGAAAAGACUUCUCAAAGGUCGACCGCUCUGCUGCCUACGCUGCUCGCUGGGUGGCCAAGUCUCUGGUCAAAGCCAAGCUGUGCAGGAGAGUUCUGGUUCAGGUGUCCUACGCUAUCGGAGUGGCCCAUCCUCUGUCCAUCUCCCUGUUCACCUACGGUUCCUCCCAGAAAACAGAGACAGAACUGCUGCACAUUGUCAACAAGAACUUCGAUCUGCGGCCAGGAGUCAUUGUCAGGGAACUGAAUCUGAAGAGGCCGAUCUACCAGCAGACAGCCUCUUAUGGCCACUUUGGUCGAGCAGAGUUUUCUUGGGAGGUGCCCAAAAAGCUUGUCGUCUAAAUACUCCACCUGCCUCUCCUGAUGCCCGCCUGGAGGCCGAACAAGACGCCUCUUCCUGGGCUGCAACUUCCAGCUCCAUCAACCGAUAGGACGUUUUUAUUUCUUUCUUUUUUUUUUCUUUUUUUUUUUUUAAUAGAGAAAAUUAAAGCCAAAGUUUAGGGAGGUAUAAGUCAGCUUUAAAGAGGUCAGAAGAUGAUUAUAUGCAAGAGUGGUUGUAGCCAAUGGACAAAUAAUGGGACAUCUUCCCAAUUAGAAGAGAGAGGUUUUCUCCCUCGUCCUCUUCCAGCCCACAAAAUAUCCAAUCAUUGGUGCUUUAUAAAUGUAAGUACAACCUCUAGCCAAAGAUCUUUCCUGAUACAGCAAAUAAAACCCUCCGAAGAUAAAUGAUUCUGUAUCACUUAAGUGUUUUACCUCCCAGCUGUUAAUGUUUGCUUUAUGUGACCAGUGUGAUGUACUGAAAGAAAAACAAACCCUCAGUGCUUCAUUUUCAAAAGGUGCUAUUGACAACAGUGACUACCAUAUUAAUGUACGGACGUGUAAUUACUGCUCAACCAAAGGCUUGGCUUUAGAGGAUAAUUCAACCUGUUCGGUGUGACUGUAAAAUGUCUUUUCUGAGUGUUAUUUUGUAACGCGCGCUGCAGCGAGCUGUUGGCGCCGUUACAAUCACCAAGACAGGUCAUUGAAACGCGGGGAGAGUUCUGAUCUCUGAGACAUGAAAUAUGUUACAAUCAGUCAGAUAGCCUUGCAGGUUUAUGUUUUCAUUCUGCUCUUCUUUGCAGUCAGUCCCGGCUUUCGUAUCUUUUUUUUUUUUUUACCUGCUGCUGUAAGUGUGACUCGUUUUUGCAAGUAAUUACAAUCCUGACUUGAUUGUGAAUCAAUCUCUUCUCUCUUUGCUCUUAAAAACUGUUGAGACCGAAGCAUUUAGUGGACCACCGGUGUCUUAAAGUUGCAGCUUUUUGAUAAUGUUUAGAAACUUGUGCUGAUCUGCUUUGCUGAAGAUAACAACUUCUUCACUGGUAUUUUUUGAUAAUUUCUUACUCAUUGUGAAAUUUUGCUUCAUCUAAAAAUAUCUGGGAGGAGUUACACUGCAGAUCUGUAUUGUUGACUGUAAAUCCAUGGAUUUAGAGAGGGGGGGGGGAAAGGGAAUGUUUAUUAAAAGAUUCCCCAUAGGGUAUGUAGAAAAUAUAAUUUCAAGUCAGCUUUUGCUAUGGCCUAAUCACAAAGCAUUUAAUCCUAUCCUCCCGAAACACUUCUAACACUUUUAACAGUUUGGGCUUCAUGUCUGUAGAGGUUCAGGACUUUUGUGGUGAGCGUAACAACCCGUACUUACUUUUACAGCCGACAUUGUUUUUUGUAAAUAGGGGCCUUCCUCCUAUUUAACGUGUUAUCUAUCGGUGUCAUCUUCUGUCAGCUUUGUUGACAGAGAAACUGAUCAAUGUAAAUAAUUAAACAAUAAAAAAGAAUAAAGAUAUAAACCAUUCUCCGGUCUUGUGUGCAAAUAAGUUCAAAUGUUUUGCUUUUUUUUUUUCCCCCAGUUUUUUUAUUUAUUGAACAUUAAGGCAUACAUGUAUACAAUCAUGACUUUUCAUCAAAAUAGAAUUUACAACCUAGACCUCUUUGGUUUUCAUUAUCAAAACAAUACAUAAGGCACAGGGAGCAUUUUGCCGUCCAACGGAGAAUGACAUCGAGCAUCAGAUGAGGUUUACUGGAGCUGGUUAGUUUGUCAGAACGCGCUCCCCCAAUGAUCUACUGAUUGCAUGAGGAAGCUCGUUUUUCUUGCAGAUAUUUAACCACGUUUACGUGAGCAGCAUAAGCAUUCUCACAAGCUGGCAUUACAGGAAUGCUUAUUUUUGAAGCUUUACAGAGUCUUUAUUUGAUUAACAAAAAAUAUUCAAU